AUGGACUUGGAUUGGAAGAUUAAGCUGGUACUUCCAAUUCUGCUCAUUCCACCGCUUUUUGGCAAGGGAUCCUCGAUGGAUCAGGUCAAUCCAAGAUUGGGUGUUAAAGGGGAAGUGCCAGAGCCUGAGUGGUUCAAGGUAAACUUUGAUGGUUCUUCUGUUGGUAACCCGAGUCAAAGUGGUAUUGGGUGUAUAUUGAGGAAUUCUGAUGGUAUUUGUAUAAAAGAAAUCUCUAAAAAGAUUGGAGUUGCUACUAAUAACGAAGUUGAAUUUAGAGCGGCUUUAAGAGGACUGCAACUAGGGAUGGAGCUUGGGUUGCAGAGAAUUAAUCUGGAGGGAGACUCACUAAAUGUGAUGAGCUUCCAUCAGUUGAUAUGGUCUGAUUAUCUUGCUGGUGGUGGUGCUUUCCGGUUGAGUUUGUCAGUUGUGGUCUCUACUGAUUGUCUUCUCCUUCCGGCUGAUAUGUUUCUUCGAUUGACCUACCGGUGA